GCUGUUCCCGCCGCCACCGCCCGUGCUGCAGCAGAUCGAGGGAGAGCUUCUGCGCAAAACCCCAGCGCAGCCCGGGCGGGAUCGCUGCAGCUGCCAGAGCGCGAGCAACAGCUUCCCUAAUACUGGAGCCACUGCUCCACGCGCCCGCGACCCGCGCGCCGAGAUGGUCUGUAUUUCAACUUCAUCAGAGAUUAAAUUGAUGUUUAUGGGCUAAUCUGGAGAUCUACAAAUCAUUAAUCUCACUACUUCCACAAGAAAAUAUGUUCAAAUUCCCAUCAGUUGACUUAUAACGGGACGUUUGGAACACGACUCAAUAUAUGAAGUACCCUUUAAGCCCUGACAACCACCUUGAAGAUGGAAUUAUAAAUAUGGCAACUUUUCUACAGGGCUUUGAAGAAAAGGGAAUAAGGAACGACAAUUCUGAGGACCAGUUGAGUAAAGAGAAGAAGAAAAUUCUGUUCUCUUUCUGUGAGGUGUGCAACAUCCAGCUGAACUCUGCAGCCCAGGCCCAGGUCCACUACAAUGGCAGAUCCCACCGCAAGCGGGUAAAGCAACUGAGUAAUGGGCAGCCCCUACCCCCAGCCCAGGGCUUGGGACUACCCCUGGCUUGCCCCAGCACCAACACCAGCACAGGCAGUACAUGCCACACUACUACCCUGCCUGCUUUGGUGCGCACACCGACCCUGAUGAUGCAGCCUUCACUGGAUAUCAAACCAUUUAUGUCUUUUCCAGUGGACAAUAGUUCUGCUGUUGGGCUCUUUCCAAACUUUAACACAAUGGAUCCUGUGCAAAAAGCAGUCAUUAACCACACAUUCGGAGUGUCCAUUCCCCCAAAGAAGAAACAAGUUAUUUCGUGCAAUGUCUGUCAGCUUCGCUUUAACUCAGAUAGCCAGGCCGAGGCCCACUACAAAGGAAGUAAACAUGCCAAGAAGGUCAAAGCACUAGAGGCAACGAAAAAUAAACCCAAAAUGGUUUCUUCCAAGGACAGCGCAAAGGCUAAUCCCAGCUGCUCCAUCACGCCCAUCACAGGCAACAACUCUGACAAAUCAGAAGAUAAAGGCAAGUUAAAAGGCAACAGUGCCAGUCAGCCGUCUAUCUCUGAAGGUGGCCCAUUUCUCCUCAAAUCUGGCACGACAUCCAUGCCACCUGGAGCAGCUACUUCUCCCUCCAAGAGCACAAAUGGAGCCCCUGGUAAUGUUUCUGAAUCAGAAGAAGAAAAAGCCAAAAAAUUACUGUAUUGUUCACUAUGCAAAGUGGCUGUGAACUCCCUUUCACAGCUAGAAGCACACAACACAGGCUCUAAACACAAGACAAUGGUUGAAGCUCGCAAUGGGGCUGGCCCAAUUAAAUCCUAUCCUAGGCCUGGCUCAAGAUUAAAGAUACAGAAUGGCAGUAAGGGGUCAGGACUACAGAACAAGACAUUUCAUUGUGAAAUCUGUGAUGUUCAUGUUAAUUCAGAAAUUCAGCUCAAACAG